AUGACUAUGAUGAUGAUGCAGCGGCUGUUGCAAGACAACGCGAGCGAAGCGGCGACGACAUCCACGUCGAGUCAACCGGUACCUGUGACGUCACCGCGGCCCUUCAACGUGCUGCACCAUCAUCCUGCGUCAGCGUUCCUGCGGCCACCGUCCUCAAGGUCCGAGGACACCAAGGACGACUCUGAGGUGCAGGACGAUGCGAGUGAGACCAGCAAGAAGGACACUGAGGAGCGCGUGUGUAGGAGCCCGGAGGACUCCAAGAGUAGGGUGUCCGAGGAGUCGAUGGACGUGGAGGAUCGCCACGACAGGCUGAGCUCCGACGAGGACUUUCUGACGGUAGACGACGAGUUGGGCUCUCCUGUGGACCUUACCUCCAGGCACCAUUUCCUGAACCGCAUCCAUCACCGUAGCACGACCACCGCCUCUAGUCCCGAGGCACAGGACGAGCCGCCGCGCCGCCUGGCCUUCUCCGUCGAGAACAUCCUGGACCCCAACAAGUUCACUGGCAAGGAGAAGGAGAUAGCUCUAGUCAGACCGAGGUUCCAGAGUCAAUGGAGGCCGCUUGACAUGCUUGCUACAUCGCCCGACCUGCUCGCCCAUCCAGGGCGAGAAGGUUUUCACCAGUUCGGUGAGGAUGAGGACGACGCCAGUAUCGGAGAGGGAGCAGGAAGCGACAUCAGUGAGGACAGGGACGGCUCCAGGAGAGGGUCGGGUGGCAAGAAGUGCAGCAAGUCUGACAUGAGCAGCUCGUCCAAGGGCGGUAGUGGAGGUGGUCAGGGCGGCAAACCUCGCCGUGCCAGGACAGCUUUUACUUACGAGCAGUUGGUAGCUCUGGAGAACAAGUUCAAGACGACAAGGUAUCUGUCUGUGUGCGAGAGACUCAAUUUGGCAUUGUCCUUAUCACUGACAGAGACGCAAGUCAAGAUAUGGUUCCAGAACAGAAGGACUAAGUGGAAGAAGCAGAACCCUGGGAUGGACGUUAACUCGCCCACAGUUCCGCCGCCCGGACCUCCUACCACUGGGCCGCCGUUCUUCCACCCCCUGGCGUACGCUCCUCAUCACUACCCCUCGGGCUUCACCUCCCCCGGACAGAGCUACGGCGCCGCUGCCGCCUACUUCCACCACCUCGGGUCUACUCACCACUCGUCUCUCGGACAUUCCUCCUGAGCCUAGUUCUGGUAGACUCUCCUAGACUACAUAUCAAAGAUUACUCGGUGCCAAAGUGUUGUGCCACUGUUGUCAAGACUGUUCGAUGUACAUAGCGAUCGGUUAGUAUUAGUGAACAUUACCAAAGACACCUCCAGAGGGCUUUAGAACUUUAACGGUUAUUUAAGUGUUUCAUAACUUGAUAGUCUGCAAAGGAUCAAACAGCAGCUUAUCUCGGUUUUGUAUUUAACUGAAAGUUAAAUUUUCUAGUCAAAGAUGAGUACCAGAAAUCCUUAAAUAUAAUUUAAAAUAGCUUAGCUCAGACCGCUAAUUCAACUACUACACGGGUAAAA